AUGCAGGAAUUUCCGUCAAUCACACGCGCCACGAUCCACUACUACGACGGCCCCUGCCCAGCCGACCCCCGCACCGGCACCGCAGCAGGCUCCGCGGACAGAGAAGCAAAUCCGCAGGUAAUGCCCAUAACGGACAUUCGCUCCUUGUUGUUUCCCCCUCCCCCGGCCUUCACACUCGAUAUCAACGGCUUCACAGUUGUCAAACACUCUAGCGCACUCUUAUCCCGACCUUACUCCCGGGACAGCUGGAAUGAUGCUUACCUCCGCGAGAGUAUCCACUAUCCGGAAAUAGAAAAAGUGGUGAAGGAGCGGACCGGCGCAAAGAAGGUGCUGGUUCUGGGCGGUACCGUCAGGACGAGGUUAUUUAAAGAACCGGAGAGGAGACCUACUCCCCCUCCUUUGCCGGAGGGAACUGUGCCUCUCAACACCAAUAAGGGGAAUUACCCCGCGUUCAAGGCCGACCGUCCGCGUGUCCAUGGUUUUGACAAAGGACAGGAGCAAGGCCCUGCCAAGAAACCUCAUAUUGAUUUUGGAGUUGAUGGGGCGAGAGCGACUCUGAGAAAUUGGAGGCAAGAUAUCGCGGAUGAGGCGAAAGAUAUCAUCGCUGCCGAAGAUGAGGCAGCAGGGUUGCCCGGUGGACUUUGGGAGAAUUACAAAGGACGCCGCUGGGGUGUUUUUGGUACAUGGAGACCACUGCAGCCGAUCAAGCGUGAUCCUUUGGGACUUGUUGACUUCCAGACCGUGGACAAGCAAGACCUUGUGUCUUAUUUUAUGAGACCGCCUGGAAUUUAUGGGCCAUAUGAGACUGAUAUCAAGCUUUCGAAGGCUUCAGCAAAGCAUAAGUGGUAUUGGUGUAAAGACCAACGACCUGACGAGUUGACAAUUUUGAAGUUUUGGGAUAGCGAAAGUGAAAAACCUGGAUCGAAAGUUGCAGGAGGAAUACCUCACACCAGUUUCCACUUGGAAGGAACGGAUGAUUUACCACCAAGAGAGAGUCUGGAGGUCAGAGUCAUUGCAUUUUGGUAG